CUCGCAACCGAUUGGCUGACUGUCUCUGUUGUCAAACUCCAUUGGCUACAGGCACACACGCCUGUCACCAGUCUGAGCAAGAAAACAAACGACAAGGUUUUUCCAUGUGUGAGUGAUUAAGCCAACUGUAAGCAUGCUGACCGCACAGAGGGCAUGUGCAGCAAUGGCUGCCCGGCACCUGGUUAGAACUUCAGUCUCCUCAUCCCUCACACACUGCUCUCUGAUCCAUACUUCAGGACCCUGUCAGGACCGUGCUGAGCUGCAUUCUGAAUGGGCCAGUCUGGCUAAGAAACAGCUGAAGGGGAAGAACCCAGAAGAUCUGAUCUGGCACACUCCUGAGGGGAUUAACAUCAAGCCCGUGUACACCAAAGCAGACUCAAAAGAUGUUGUUGAUGAAUUGCCAGGAGUGUUUCCUUACACUAGAGGGCCCUAUCCCACCAUGUACACAUACAGACCUUGGACUAUCAGGCAGUAUGCUGGAUUCAGCACUGUUGAGGAGAGCAAUAAGUUCUAUAAAGACAACAUAAAGGCUGGUCAGCAGGGUCUUUCUGUGGCCUUUGACCUCCCGACACACCGUGGUUAUGACUCGGACAACCCCAGGGUCCACGGAGAUGUGGGCAUGGCUGGAGUGGCUAUAGAUACAGUUGAGGACAUGAAGUUACUCUUUGAUGGAAUCCCAUUGGAGAAGAUGUCUGUUUCAAUGACUAUGAAUGGAGCAGUUAUCCCUGUGUUGGCAAUGUUUAUUGUCACCGGAGAGGAGCAGGGCGUUCCAAAAGAGAAACUAACUGGCACGAUUCAAAAUGAUAUUUUGAAGGAAUUUAUGGUGCGCAACACCUACAUUUUCCCCCCGGAACCUUCCAUGCACGCCAUUGCAGACAUCUUUGCAUACACCUCUAAGCACAUGCCUAAGUUCAACUCCAUAUCCAUCAGUGGCUACCAUCUUCAGGAGGCCGGCGCUGAUGCCAUCUUGGAAGUAGCCUACACCAUUGCUAACGGCCUGGAGUACUGCCGCACUGGACUGAAAGCAGGUUUAACCAUAGAUGAAUUUGCUCCAAGGCUGUCGUUCUUCUGGGGCAUCGGGAUGAAUUUCUACAUGGAAAUUGCCAAGCUGAGGGCAGCCAGGAGGUUAUGGGCUACGCUCAUUAAAGAAAAUUUCCAGCCCAAGAAUGCCAAGUCUCUCCUCCUGCGCACACACUGCCAGACCUCAGGCUGGUCUCUCACUGAACAAGAUCCAUACAACAAUGUGAUCCGCACGGUGAUUGAAGCCAUGGCCGCUGUGUUUGGGGGGACCCAGUCACUGCACUCCAACUCCUUCGAUGAAGCUCUGGGCUUGCCCACCGUGAAAAGCGCUCGCAUCGCCAGGAACACUCAGAUCAUCAUCCAGGAGGAGUCGGGCAUCCCCAAAGUUGCAGAUCCUUGGGGAGGCUCGCACAUGAUGGAGGCUCUCACAGAUGAUGUCUAUAACACUGCUUUGAAGUUUAUUAAAGACAUCGAAGAGAUGGGAGGCAUGGCCAAAGCGGUAGCCGAGGGAAUUCCAAAGCUGCGUAUUGAGGAAUGUGCUGCUCGUAGACAGGCCCGCAUUGACUCAGGCUCAGAAGUUAUUGUUGGUGUGAACAAGUACCGUCUGGAGAAAGAGGAGACGGUGGAGGUCCUGGCCAUAGAUAACACUGCUGUGCGCCAGAAGCAGAUUGAAAAACUGGAAAAGGUGAGGGAGAGCCGUGACCCUGAGAAAGCCAAGAAGUGUCUGGCUGCCAUUGAGGAGUGUGCCCGAACCAGGGAGGGCAACCUUUUAGCUCUGGCUGUGGAGGCAUCAAGAGCCAGAUGCUCUGUUGGUGAGAUAACCGAAGCCAUGAAGACGGUGUUUGGUGAACACAAGGCCAGCACCAGGAUGGUGAGCGGGGCUUACCGCACUGAGUUCGGAGAGCAUGAAGAGAUCACUCUGGCCAACAACAGAGUUGCAGAGUUCAAGAGGCAUGAGGGGAGGAAUCCUCGAUUGCUGGUGGCAAAGAUGGGGCAGGAUGGUCACGACAGAGGUGCCAAAGUUAUCGCCACGGGGUUUGCAGACCUGGGCUUUGACGUAGACAUCGGACCACUGUUUCAGACCCCCCGGGAGGUGGCCCAGCAGGCGGUCGAUGCAGACGUUCACUGUGUCGGGGUCAGCACGCUGGCCGCAGGACACAAGACCCUGGUGCCAGAGCUCAUCAAGGAACUCCAAAAACUCAACAGGCCAGAUAUACUUGUCAUCUGUGGAGGUGUCAUCCCACCCCAGGACUACGAGUUCUUGUACCAGAGUGGCGUAUGCGCCAUCUUUGGCCCAGGAACCAGGAUCCCACAGGCUGCAGUGGAGGUUAUUGACAACAUUGAAAAGAGCCUGGAAAAGAAUCGACAAGCAAUGUGAAAGCAAACUACAAAAAGCGAACUGCUUGUUCAAGCAUCUGUACAGGAUCAGUCUGACUGGUAGCACGAGGAUGUAAAAGAAAAAGAAGACUAAUUGUUACAUUUCGUUUUUUGUGUGUUCAUUAACAACACUCAAAAUGAACAAUGUAACGUCAGACAAACCUCCUCAGUAGGAUUUGAAUGAUGUUUGUUAAUGAUUUCACCCUUUGCAUCAUACCUGUGUGUGAUUUGUAUUGAUUUCUUAAUCAGUCUGAUUAUAUUACAUCUGAAAUUCCAGAAAAUUUCAGAGUGUAAAAGAAAGCACUUAUCAUACACUGUUAUUCCAAUUAGGAUUAUGAUGUGACAGAAAUUUGCCUUUUUAUUUUUACAGUCCAAGAUAAAACACGGGGAAAACCACAAACCUGCUUUGAAUGUAUUUUUUGAAAUGUCUCUGUGUAAUUUAAUAACUUAGCAGAGUGUGAUUAGUGCCAGUGUGGUGGAGAUUGAUCAAAAUAAUCCUCUUGUAUAACUUUAUCCCUGCCUCUUAUUUUCAUGGAUAUGAUUGUCGUGUAAGUGGCCUUCUGUCGCGCUGAUCUCGCCUCUUUGCAUCAAUCAUAAAUUUGUUCCGAGGAUAAAACCCCGUCACAGCAGUCAGAGUUUAUGAAGUCGUUACAGAAAAGUAUUUUUCUGAUUGUGACUCUGAAUUCGGUUUACUGGUCUUUACUCAAAAUAAAUACUGUGAACUUUGGAAAUGUAUAAGCUGAAGCAUGUUCUUGUGAAAGGACAAAAGAUGACAAUUUAAGUGAAGUGACAUAGUUGCAGGUGCAUAAUGGUCUGGUCUGAGUAUCUUAGCAACUACUGAUUUACUGGGAUUUCCACAUAUAACCAUCUGUAGACUUUAUAGAAAAUGGUCUGUACCAAGUGAACAUUGACACCAGUGCCUGAGUAUUUUUGUUUUGAACGUCCAUUCCUUCAUGACCACAGUGCACCCAUAUUUUAAUGUCACUCAAUAGAGUUCAGAUCAUUGGAAACUGGUUUCUUAACACAACAAUGAGUUCACUGUAUUCAAAUGACACAGUCACCAGAUCUCCACCUUUGGGAUUUGGUGGAGUAUAUGGUUACAGUUUGUAUUCUGCUCUCGAUGACCUUGAAUUGAAUCAAGGCAUAUCUGAAACGCAUACUAAGAGGAAAGCAAUACAUGUAUAUGAAAUGCAUGCAAAUUCACACCCUUCUGCCUUUAAUGGAUUUAUACGUCAGCUGGCUUUGGCGACCUUUAUGCCCCGAUUUUAAAACGAGAUUAAGAAAACAUAGACUUAAAUGUCAGUCUUCAACAACCACCUCCUCACCAUUAAAAGCAGCUGUUGCUCUUUCAUUAUUCGUGUUGGAGAUCGAAUGUGUGAUUGUGUAACACUUUAGCACCGUGAAUUCGUUUUCCAAGACUUCAAUGCAUUCAUUAAGUGUUUAUUUUCAAAUUCAGAUCGUCAACAGUAGUUACAAGUUGCAAGAAAUAAAAAAGUCUACUUGCCGCACACAACAAAAUUAAAACACCACUCCAAUAUCAAAGGCAAAGGGAGUUAACAUCAGCAGAAGAUUCAGUUCAUACCACCUUUAAGUCGAUGUCUCAACACUAAAUCAAACCUUUCAAAGCCGAAUGAGCUGCAGAUGAGGCUCUGUUACAACACACUUGUAUUAGAGAGGUGUUUUGAAAAUGUAACGCACUUCACAUUCUGGCUCCACAUUUAAAAACAAGCAUGUAGACUUUGACUAAAAGCAGCCAGUGUUCAUGACACGACUUUGACUGAAAACGAAUGAAAGCAAAGCCACGUGUGUUCUGUUUCAUUACACUGAUUUCAGGCAUACACAUUCUUAAUCAAGAAUGAGCUCUUUCAGAUGCUAUCAAACAAAAGGACAUCCCAAUACAGAUAUUUACCAGCACACACGGCCACACGCUGUUAGCAUUAAAGCUACAAAAAUAAACAUAAACAGAAAAAAAGAAAUUCUAUGUCUGUAAUAUUAAUUUCAUGAGCUUGAGCAGAUGGCGGGACUUACAAAGAAACUUAACUGACGUAAAAACAAGAUAAACUCCAAAGAGAGGGAUCCUAUGAUGCUGGGCGAGAUGCGUGAGACUGCACUGGACCGAGAUAGAAAGAGAUACCAAUACAGUACAUGCUCACAACAUGGGUGAUGUCAGAAUCACUGAUUAAACCAUGCAUAUGUCAGGUUGCUGAAAUAACAGUACAACACAAUACGAUACAAUACCCUAACACAAUACCUACUUAACACAUACGGUAACUGCCUGUGCUGUUCCUGAAAUAAAAUGUCAGUCAAGAAUAUGAUUGUGUUUUUUUUUCAGGAAAACCAGAUUAAGUAUCUCAAAAAUAAUCACAAACCAAUUUAAAUACACAUGUGUAUAUUGAAUCAUUAAAGUGGACCUAUCCUGCUCAUUACUAGUCCCGUAUUUUUAAUACCUAACUCCAGAGCUAGCUGCUUUCCACAUUUCACAGUUCAAAAACGACCCUCCAUUUAAGCCAGCUUUCUUCUGAUUGGCUGCCGCUCUCAAAUGUGCUACUGUUCUCGCAGUGAGUGUGUCUGAGAUACGGAGGAGAAUUAGGGCCACCGAAAAGAAAAA